CACACCUUUAUAUCGCGAUUAUCGCAAACUUCUUAUCAGGGCGGUUUAUCUAAUUGUGGAGGGCCGGAACGGGUUCUGGCACACAGCUGGGACGGUCUCGCCUCCGAGUCCCCAGGUUCCGGACCGCGCUAACAAAUUAUACCAGGGGGUGGAUUUGAGGAGUGGCGAUAUCGGCGUCCACUUGGCUCCUCACGAUUAACAAUGGAGGACUAGGAAGCCCCGGGUACCAAGAGGUCUUGGGUCUUAGAAGGUACUUAAAAUUUUGCAGGGGCAAUGUAGUCGACUCAUACUCUAAAGCCAAAUUUGGAAUUCCCAGACAAAUUUCUGUGACUCUUACCCAUCUCUUCCUUUCCACACCUUUGUGCUGUGGCCUCCUUCCUUCAAAAACCAUCCCACGCUCUUCUGCAGCUCUCACCUGUAGACCAACCAUCAGCUGCUCACCUGCGCCUUGCCGGAUCGAAGACCCUCUCUCCCAUCGCAACAGACACCAGCUUGCGCGCGCCGCGACGGCCAGAGUAAGUAUAAAGACCGUUGUCACUGACUGGCUUGUAGUCCGCUCUCAACGUCCGCUCCAAAAUCCCAAGAACUAGUUGCCUCCUAGCCUCCCGUCCAAAAACAAGAGAAUAGACAGUCAACAUGUGCGGCAUCUUCGCCUGCCAUAGUCACCCAGACGUCGCCAAAUUCAAGCCGACUGCUCUGAAGCUUUCCAAGCAGAUCAGACACAGAGGCCCGGAUUGCGCCACAGUUCUGUGCCAUGAACGGCUCAGCAUCGUCGGUGUUGGUGGGUCUAGAUCUGUAUAUCUGGUUUCGAGGCCGUCGUCUAACCUCAAAGCAGAGAGCGGAGCUCAGCCACUUACCAAUGCCGAUGACAGCAUUAUCCUCGCCGUCAACGGCGAAAUCUACAACCACCGUCUUGUUCGCAAGACCUUGAAGACCCCCUACCACUUCAAGACCACCUCGGAUUGCGAGGUUGUGAUUCCUCUGUACCUCGAGUAUGGCAUUGAUGCGCCUAAGCACCUCGAUGGCAUGUUCUCCUUCGUUCUUUACGACAAGAAUAAGGACCGCACAAUCGCCGCCCGCGACCCCAUCGGUAUCACAACCCUUUACCAGGGCUGGUCCUCCAAGGAGCCCGGCACUGUCUACUUCGCUUCCGAGCUGAAGUCCCUCCACCCCGUCUGCGACAAGAUCGAGGCUUUCCCGCCCGGACACAUCUUCGACAGCUUGACUGGUGAGAGGACACGGUACUUUGAGCCCACAUGGUGGGAUGGCGAGAAGAUCCCCCAGACCCCUGUCGACCUCAAGAAGCUCCGCGAGACUCUUGAGAGGUCUGUCAGGAAAAGGUUGAUGGCUGAGGUCCCUUAUGGUGUUCUCCUUUCCGGCGGUCUUGACUCUUCGCUUGUUGCUUCCAUUGCCCAGAGGGAAACCCUGCGCCUGAAGAAGCUUGCAGAGGAGGCCAACGGUGCCGCUGAGGAGAAGCCUGAGGAUUUGGACAAGGGCGAGGGUCUUGUUGGUCUCGAUGACGAGGGCAAGCUCUCUACCAUGACCUUCCUUCCCCAGCUCAACUCCUUCUCCAUUGGCCUUCCCGGCUCUCCUGACAACGAGGCUGCCCUCAAGGUGGCCAAGUUCCUCGGCACCAAGCACCACGUCAUGACCUUCACCAUCGAGGAUGGUCUUAACGCCUUGUCUGAUGUCAUCUACCACCUCGAGACCUACGAUGUCACCACCAUCCGUGCCUCGACUCCCAUGUACCUGCUCUCUCGCAAGAUCAAGGCCAUGGGCAUCAAGAUGGUCCUCUCUGGUGAGGGUUCCGACGAGAUCUUCGGCGGUUACCUCUACUUCCACGGCGCCCCCAACAAGGAGGAGUUUCACACCGAGUGCGUCCGCCGCGUCAAGAACCUUCACUUGGCCGACUGCCUGCGCGCUAACAAGUCCACCUCCGCGUGGGGUCUCGAGGCCCGUGUGCCCUUCCUCGACAAGGAGUUCCUCGAGGUGUCGAUGAACAUCGACCCUGCGGACAAGAUGAUCAACAAGGAAAGAAUGGAGAAGUACAUUCUCCGCAAGGCUUUCGACACCUCGGACGACCCGACCGCCGAGCCCUACCUUCCCGACAACAUCCUCUGGCGCCAGAAGGAGCAGUUCUCUGACGGUGUCGGAUACGGAUGGAUCGAUGCCCUCAAGGACAACGCCGAGCUCCACGUCACCGACGAGAUGAUGAAGAACCCCAAGCCCGAGUGGGGCAGCGAUAUCCCUGACACCAAGGAGGCCUACUGGUACCGCCUGAUGUUCGACGAGCACUUCCCCCAGUCGUGCGCGUCGACCGUCAUGAGGUGGACACCCACAUGGUCCAAGCAGACGGAUCCCAGUGGCAGAGCUAUCUCGAUCCAUCAGGCCAAGUAUGAGGAUGCUUAAAUAUCUUUCCCAUCAUUUUUGUAUAUGAGUCAUGGCUUCCGGAGGGUCUGGUAUCUAGCAGGGCGUCAUGUCAAAAGAUAGGGUAAGGCAUGCGUUGAAGUACAGCACAGCUAGCCUGUGAGAAUGCAAAAGCUCUGAAAAGUUCAUUUUGGUGCAGGGUUUUUGAUGGCUGAAUUGCCUUGACAAGGCAUAUUCGUAGAUAUGCAGGCUGUGAUGUUGGGGGUGAUGGGCAGGAGGGAAUGCAAUGCAGAUAUCAACCUGAUAAAACCUGGGGAAGAAGAGCCAAGCUCUCAAAGCUGGAGCCAAAGUGUCUGCAUAGAGGAAACAGCCGCCAAUGUGCUUCGCGGAUUCAUCCACGUGGAGGACCUUGACAUAAACUACCGCUCUAUAUGAACAAGGGGUUCUGUGAAAGGGAACAAACAAAUAACUGCCUUGACAAACAUUGAAUAUAGGUAAUGACCAAAAAGAUUUGCUCAGACAUGC